AUGGGGCUGCUGCGGGUGCUGCUGUUCUUCGGGGGGCUGCGCCUGCCCCCCACACUGGGGCUUCUCCAGGAUCCCCCCACCAUCUACGAGGGACCCGCCGGCAGCUAUUUCGGUUUCGCCCUGGAUUUCCACAUGAGCGAGGGAAGGCCCAGCGUGGCAGUGGGGGCCCCCCGUGCCAACACCUCCCAGCCCGGCGUGGCUCAGCCCGGCGCCGUCUUCCUCUGCUCCUGGCCCCCCGACAAGACUCCCUGUCACCCCCUCCCCAUCGACACUGCAGGGAACGAGAGCGAGAGCCAGGGCGCAUUGGAGCUCCACACCUACAAGUCGGACCAGUGGCUGGGAGCGUCCGUCACCAGCUGGGACGGCAAACUGGUGGUCUGUGCCCCGCUGCAGCACUGGAACGCGAUAGAGGGGCAGCAAGAGGCGUUCCGCACCCCGACGGGCACCUGCUUUGUGUGGAGCCCGGGGCAGCGGCGCACGGUCUGGUACUCGCCCUGCCGCGACCAGACCAUGGCCAGCACCUACCGCCAGAGGAACUACGUGCACGACAAGCGCUACUGCGAGAUCGGCUUCAGCGCCGCUGUCACCCCGGACGGGACGCUGGUGCUGGGUGCCCCCGGCGGGUACUAUUUCACGGGUGAGUCCUUCCUGCCGGCGUUGCCACCCUGGCUGGUGCUCCCGGGGUGCUCUCUUCGGGUGGGCACGGCGGGGGGAGGGCACCCGGAUGGGUGGGUGCCCCGUCAGUGCUGGUGCUCCCCGACGCGAUGUCCCCCAGGGCUCGUGUACUCGGUGGAGCUGGACAAGAUCCUCAGGCGCUUCCUCGGCACCUCCCUGCUGUGGCUGGGGAGCCCCGGGCGCCCCACGGAGCCGGUGUCUGGGGCCUACGAGGACGGGUACCGGGGAUACUCGGUGGCUGUGGGCGAGUUUGAUGGCAACCCCAAAACCAAAGAGUACGUAGUGGGAGUCCCCAACAAGAGCAACACGAGAGGUGAGGUGGAGAUCUUCACUGCGGGGGACACUCUGCGUUUGCUGCGGGGCAUCGCCAGCGAGCAGGUGGCUUCGUACUUCGGACACACAGUGGCAGUGGCUGAUGUCGAUGGGGACGGGCGGGACGAUCUGCUGGUGGGCGCACCCCUGUACAUGGCCCGGGGCUCCGACGGGCAGCGCAGCGAACUGGGGCGCCUCUACGUCUACCUGGGGCGGGGACAGCAGCCCCUCGCAGGGCCCCCCCAGACCCUGACGGGUACCCACCCCUACGGCCGCUUUGCCGCCGCCAUUGCCAGCCUCGGGGACCUGGACAAGGACGGCUUCGGAGACGUGGCCGUGGGAGCCCCGCAGGGGGGUGACAGUGGCAGCGGGCAGGUCUUGAUCUUCCGCGGGCAGAGCGAGGGGCUGGCGCCGGUGCCCACCCAGCGCCUCAACAGCCCCUUCCCCGGGCCCGCCGCCUUCGGCUUCGCGCUGCGUGGUGCCACCGACCUGGACGGCAACGGCUACGCGGAUCUGCUCGUGGGAGCUUACGGGGCGGCCAAGGUGGCCGUGUACCAGGGACUACCCGUGGUGGUGGCCCAGACCCAGCUGAGUGUCCCCGACGGGCUGAACCCUGAGAUCCUGGACUGUGACCUGCCCGACUCCAGUGUCCGUGUCAGCUGCUUCCACGUGGUGUUCUGUGUCAGCGUGAAGGGCCAGCACCUCCCUCAGAGCAUCCACCUGGAGGCUGAGCUGCAACUGGACAGGUUGAAGCCCCGGCCGUCGCGGAGGGUCCUGCUGCUGCAGGGACACCAAUCGUCCUGGCAGGAGGAGCUGGUGGUGGCACCGGGGACACCUCCUGUGUGCAGCAACCUCACCGCCUACCUGCGGGACAAGGCCGAGUUCAAGGACAAGCUGAGCCCGGUGGCCCUGAGCGUGUCCCUGACGCUGCCCAGAGAGGCUCCGGGUCUGGUGCUCUACGGGCAAACCCUGGUGCAGGCACAGACCCACCUCAUCCUGGAGGACUGUGGUGAUGACAACCUCUGUGUCCCCGAUCUCCACCUGGCCGCCGACACCCCCAGCCAACGCCUCCUGAUCGGGGCGGAGGCCGCGCUGUCCCUGCGCGCCAACGCCACCAACGCGGGCGAAGGCGCCUUCGAGGCGGAGCUGAGGGUGCAGCUGCCCCCCGGCACCCACUACCAGGCUGCCCGCAGCACCAUCCCGGGGCAAGAGAAGCUGAGUUGCAACCCCAAGAAGGAGAAUGGGACCCACGUGGUGCUCUGCGAGUUGGGCAACCCCAUGAAAGCGGGGGCCCGGAUCACCGUGGACAUGGAGCUGAGCGUGUCCGGGCUGGAGGACAUGGGGGAUGCCAUCACCUUCCACCUCCAGCUGCGGAGCAAGAAUAGCCUCAGCCACAGCAACGCGUCGGUGACGGUGACAGUGCCCGUGGAGGCAGAGGCAGAGAUGCAGCUGCGAGGCAACUCCCUGCCUGCCAUCACGGUGCUGCCCACGAGCUGGCACUGGGUGGAGGGCAGCCAGCGGCCCGAGGACCACGGCAUCAAAGUGGAGCACGUCUAUGAGCUCCACAACGAAGGUCCCGGCACCGUCAGCGGGGUCACUCUGAGCCUCGCCAUCCCCCACCUGCUGGGCGACCGUGUCCUGCUCUACCUGCUGGAGCUGGGCACCGAGGGGGGCUUGAACUGCUCCCACCACCCCGCCCUCAACCCCGCCCAGCUGGGGAUCUCCAGUCCGACGGCCGCAGCGCCCGGGAACGGCAGCCACCAGCGGGAGCGCCGGGAGGCGGAGCCGCCCCCGGCCGGACUGGGGGACUUCGUCCGUGUGGACUGUGACAAUGCCACGUGCGUGGACAUCAUCUGCCACGUGCCCAGCCUGGGCAAGGACCAACGGGCACUGGUCAGUGUCCACGCCCUGCUCUGGAUGGACACCUUGCAGCAGCGGGAGCACCUCCUGACGCAGUUCCUCAUCCAGUCACAAGCGUGGUUCAGCACCUCGGCCAUGCCCUACCGCGUCCAGCCCCGGGUCCUGCCCACAGGCAAGGCUCAGACUGACACCCGCGUGGUACGCGCCAGCCUCGGGGCCGAGGGGGCUGUGCCAGUGUGGUGGGUGGUGCUGGGGGUCCUGGCCGGGCUCCUGCUCCUCACGCUCCUCAUCCUCCUCAUGUGGAAGACCGGAUUCUUCAAGAGGACGCGGCCGCCUGCCGAGGGGGACACGCAGGAGGAGCCCGGCCGGGCCCAGGAGCCUGGUAGUUCCCAGGAGCCUGGCAGUGCCUAG